CCGAGGCCACUGACGGCAACUGGGCCGGGCCGCGGCUCCAAAACAAAGGGCAGGCGGCCCGCGGGGCGGUGGCGGGAGGAUGCCUCGCACCCUGCCGAGGCGCCAACGGCCGCAACGCGCCCCGAGCCGCUCCAGGGCCGCCUGAGAGCGGAGCCCGCGCCGACUGAGGCCCGGGCCGGAUGGGCGCUGCGGGUUGGGGCGCGGACCGCCGACGGCGGUUGUAAAAUUUCCUCUCAUCCCAGCUGUGUGGAUAGUGCCACACGCUGUCCCAGACAACAACGGCUCUUGUGUGCAUUCUCCAGUGUUUCUUUUGUCACAGAGUCUGGCAGAGCCGCAGCUCUUCCAGCGUCAGCCCUGAGCUGAGUGAGGAACGUGCAGCAGACAUGGUGAAGAUGACCAAGUCCAAAACUUUCCAAGCUUAUCUGCCAAGCUGUCACCGAACAUACAGCUGUAUCCACUGCAGAGCCCACCUGGCCAAUCACGAUGAGCUGAUCUCUAAGUCGUUUCAGGGCAGCCAGGGACGAGCCUACCUCUUCAACUCCGUGGUGAACGUGGGCUGUGGCCCUGCCGAGGAGAGGGUCCUUCUCACCGGCUUGCAUGCAGUCGCGGACAUCUACUGUGAGAACUGUAAGACCACGCUCGGGUGGAAAUACGAACAUGCCUUUGAGAGCAGUCAGAAAUAUAAGGAAGGAAAAUUUAUUAUUGAGCUUGCCCACAUGAUCAAAGACAAUGGCUGGGAGUAAAGUGGAAAUGUCCCAUUCUCCUUUAAAUACUGUUUUGUGAAAGAGACUGAAUAUAAUGGAGACAUAGAGCAUCCUGGACGGCAAUACUUCUUGAACUUAAUCUUGCAGGCUAGCCACGCUGCGACACCCAGAGGCCUCUCUGAGCCAUUUCUGUGGGUAAGGUGUCCCCAUCUGUGUCCUCUUCAUGUAUACAGUUGUUGCUGCAAGUUUUUAGUGUUCUUUUUUUAACUUCUCAAGUUCUAGAGAACAAAUUAACCAACUGACAACUUACCUGGCAAGUUAGUUCUUUCUCUUAACUCAUGCCUUCCAUGCAGUGUGGCUGUCUCUCACAGUCAGUACAGACCAAGUCUCUCAGACCAGAGACAGGUCUCCUUCAACAGCAAGUGUCACAUCACUUUUUUUUUUUUUAAAGAGGAAACUACUACAGUUUCCCCCUAAUUCUUGAAACUACGCAUUGGUUAUUUUUCUGCAGAUGAACUGUGAAGAUACAGUAUCCAUUUAAGAAUCUUCCAGAAGCAGUCAACAAAUUUAUACACAAAGAACAUUGUUUUUAAGCCUGUUGAAAAACAGAGGCCACCACUGGUAGCAUUUUAGAUAAGCUAUAAAUAGAGAACUAUGUUAACAAAUGUCUUAUUUAUUUAUUUAAGCCAUUAUCUAGAAAGCAAGUGAACUAGUCCCUAAGGAAGCCCAUCCUGGGGGCCUGCAGAAGCCCAGUCACUAAGGAGACUGUGCCCGUGGUGCUGACAGAUGCUCACAUGUCCAGACUUGCUGAGUGGCUGACCCGGGAUGUUAGAGAAUGGCAUUCUGGACCAAUGUUAAGUCCAACUUCAUUGUUGACCCUGGAUGUACUUGAAGAAAAAGAAUUCAUUUUGCCUAAUGAAAGGUUUGCCAGAACCAGCAGGAAAAAACCUUAAAACUUGCAAGUCUACUAUAUUAAAUUUUUUUCAGAAAGGGUCAGAGUUAAAGCAGGGCUAAAUACUGUAAAGAAGAUGUUUGGUUUGCUGCAGGAGGCCCCCUCCCUGCCUGCCCAUCGAGUGGCCUGACCCAGAGGAGCCUGUCUAUGCAGUCCCCCAAGACCUGCAUUUCUGUCGCUGGAUUUUAGGUCAUGGCCUGCUAUCCUCUUGGGCCUCUGCAGAUCAAUUUGAAGAGAAUGAAAGCCAGAAAAAGUUCCCAGUGAAGUUUUGGUUUUCCAAAACCAAACUGUGUACCAACUCAGGGCAGAGGGACAAGAAAAAGGGGCCAAAGGAGGCAGAGAGGAUAGCCCUGGCCUGGCUGGGACAGCUGACACUGCCGUGGACACGGCUGGUCUAGUGACAGCAAAAGCAAGCUGGCUGAGGAUAAGAAAGUGACUUCCCACUCAGUUUUAGCUCCUUGUCCCCAGCCCAGGCCCACAGGCUGUGGCCAUUAUAGGCACUCAGCUGCCAGCUGGCUCCAGCUCACUGCUUGCCCCAAGCUUCCCUUUUGGUGCCAUUCCUUUGCCCAAAACCUGGCCUGGGAAGGUGGGGAGUGUCACUGUCCGUGGCCCAGCGGAGCAUAACAGAUGCUUCAGCUCAGCAGGAUCAACAGUGACAUGUUCCUUUACAUCCUCACCUUAGAGGACAUCGUGGCAUGGCCUGUAAGCCUUUGCCUGUGGCUGUGGUCCAGCAGGCUGCUGUCUCCCAGAGCUAGUUCCCUGCAGACACAUUGGCCUGGCUGUCCCUAUAGUCCUAAGUUAGCAAUAUGAAGUGGCCGAGGGUUCCCCCCCCAGGCAUCCCAAGCAAGGAAUUGCUCCAGCCAGUGGUGUUCCUGCUGCCACGCUCUGCAAUCCGAAGACCGCUUCUUCACUCCACUGGCUGAAAUGGGAACAGGGGCGAAAAGGCAGCUUCCCUGACAGACGAGCGAGCACUAGUCAGUGAAAGUAAGAUGACGCUCCCUUCCGAUCUUCAUGCCUCUUGAGAGUGGGAACUUAGGCCAGAGCCUCAGCGGACCAAGGGAAAUGGGUGGGCUCGUUGUCACGGAUGCUUCACUGAAAUUACAGAGCAAAUUUUCUAGAGUUCUUCCAACCAGUUUAUGUAUAUAUAUAGUAAGAUUAUAUUUAAAGCUUUUCUAUGUUCUGGGCGAGUUUACUGCUCCUUCAGUUUGAGCACUUUCAUUUUUGUAUUGUCUUUUGUGAUGGCGCUGACUGAGAACUUUUUACUGGUAUUCUUACGGCUUGUUUUGUACUUUCUUCCGCAAAAUACAAGCUCCUUUUUAAACCAAAUGAACUGACCAUGAGCUGGCUUCAGGGGAAGUGAUCCAAGACUAACCAGAUGUGCUGGUGAAGUGCUGGAAUGCUGUUCCACACUCUCAAAUUCCCAAACGAUAAAUAUCCUGUGACUCUUAUUUAAAUUAUUUAAAGUAUUUCCUUGAGAACAGUGGCAAGUAAUGCCAGGAUUAUGAAUACAUUUGUAGUCUCCUCUGGCACAGUACAUUUGCUUUAGAAAUGCAGUUCUUUGUUGCUGUUUUAUAUAUAAACACAGUAUUUUUAUACCUUAAUGCUUAUUGAUGGCAUCUGUCAGAUAUUUGAAAGGAUCAGAAAUGAGAUUUUUUUUCCCCCAAAGUCCUUUAUUUUACCUGAUGACCAUAUCAGGCAAUUAUAAAAUCCUUGUGGUUUUAAUAUCUAGAAAGCUCUAAAACGAACUACAAAAAUGUCAACCCUCUUUUGUCAAAGGCCUGAAGGGCAAGCGAGGGCAUGGACUGGGCCCUCUCCUUCCUCCCCGCAAGGCAGGCGCAGGUGGCUGAUGGGGCUGCUGGGCAGGAGGACACUGGAUGGCAGCCUGGAAGCAGCUGGAAAGUCCACCUUGAGGACAGGACUGCCAAGCUCGAGCACAUGUCUCACCUUCAGCCUGUCCUCUCCCCCUGACCACACAGCCAGCCUUGGUCCUGUGUCCGUGUGAGGUUUAUAAAUAAAGCUUCCUAUGUCAGA